AUGGCACUGAAGAUGGAUCUUUGUCAUCUGCUAAUUUUUCACUUUGUAAUUGCAACAAAAAGCCUGAAAACUCUGAGUUCUUUUGGCAAAGAGUCGCAGCUUACGGUAGUGGGUGCGCAUGGAAAUUAUUCUUGGCCGGAGAGGGACAAGGCGGUGCAUGUGGGUGGCGACCUAAUAUUAGGAGCACUGCAUAUGGUGCAUGAGAGGAGUGAGGAUAAAAUUUGUGGCCCCAUCAUGCCCCAGGGCGGGAUACAGGCCUUAGAGACGAUGUUAUACACCCUGGAUGUUAUCAACGCCAACCCAAAGCUUCUCCCAGGGGUUACCUUAGGGGUACUGGCCAAAGACGACUGUGACAGAGACAUUUAUGGUCUGGAGCAAGCCGUGGACUUCAUUCGAGGCUCAAUAGCAAACAUAGGAGGAUCCGAGUACAAGUGUCACGACGGAUCUGAUCCGGUCAUUCCUGGAGUGAUUGGAGCGCCAUCUAGUGUGACUUCAAUUCAAGUAGCAAAUUUACUGAAGCUGUUUAAAAUUCCACAGGUGAGCUUCUUCUCUACCAGCACUGUGUUGAGCAACAGAGACAGGUACCCUUUCUUCCUAAGAACCAUACCAUCUGAUGUCCAUCAGGCGCAGGCCAUGGUGGAACUAGUGCGCAUGUUCGGAUGGACUUAUGUCUCGGUGGUUUAUGAGGAAUCAAGUUACGGGAUGCAGGGUUUUAACGAGCUGGAGAAGCUUUUGAAGGCCAGUGAGAUCUGCAUUGCGGCGACAGAAAAGUUAAUCAAGGAUUCCGGUGUGGCUGGCCAGGCUACCUAUGACAAAACCGUGGAAAGGCUACUGGCGAAAUCAAACGCAAGGGGCGUGAUUGUAUUUGGUUCCGACCAGGAGGUUGGUGAACUGAUGCAGGCCGUCAGGCGGAAGAACGCCUCCCGCUGGUUCUCCUGGAUUGGAAGUGACGGCUGGGGAGGGCGGAGCCUCGCUGUGGAUGGCAACGAAAUAGAGGUAGAGGGUGCCGUGACAGUUCAACCAUUAGCAUUUGAAGUAAAAGGGUUCAAAGAUUAUUUUCUCAAUCUCACGCCUCAGAACAACAAAAGGAAUCCCUGGUUUGUGGAAUUCUGGGAACAGCAAUUCAGAUGUAAAUACCCAGGAAGCAAUUGGACGCCAUACAAUGACGGUUUUAAUGUGACGUGUAGCGGAAACGAGCAGAUUUUUCCACAAGAAUUCGAAAUGGAGGCACAGCUUCAAUUCGUCAGCGAUGCUAUAAUGAGUUUUGCGUACGCUUUCACAAAUAUGCUCGCAGAUUUCUGUGGAAACGGUUCUGGGUUAUGUGACGCUAUAAUGCCAAUUGAUGGGGAACUACUAAAAGACUACUUGGUCAAAGUGAAUUUUACAGGUUUGUCUGGACAGCAGUUUGCGUUCCUUCCCUAUGGGGACGCUCCAGCGCGUUACCGGAUCCUGAAUUACAGACAAGUCACAAGAGGGCGCUACGAGUGGAAGACCAUUGGUUUCUUUCUGGGAAAACAUUUAUUUCUAGACAGCCAGUCCUCUAAACGAAUUUACACAAUGGAACAGAUGGUUGACAUGAAGUUUCGCUGGGAAGAGCCCGAACACCCUGAAUCAGUCUGCAGUCGACCGUGUCAGAAAGCGGAGGCCCAUCAUAUGAUCGACGGCUCAGCGUGCUGCUGGACCUGUUCUCCUUGUCAUCUGUUCCAGUAUCUACCCACCAAGUACGCAUGCGUUGACUGCCCCUUGGGCACCAUUCCCAGCUUUGAUAGGCAGCACUGUGUACAAAUACCGAUUGUUUAUCUGAGGUAUACAGAUGCCAUAGCAUUGGUUGCCAUGACGUUUGCUUCUCUCGGUAUCAUAGCAACAGCUGUUGUCAUGGUGAUCUUUAUCAUAUACAAUGAUACCCCAGUAGUUAAGGCGUCAGGGCGGGAGCUAAGCUUUGUUCUUUUAUUUGGAAUUUUUAUGUGUUAUGCCAUGACUUUUAUACUGGUCUCAAAACCAAGCGAGAUCACCUGUGGUGCUCAGAAGUACUGCAUUGGAUUAUCAUUCUCCAUAGUGUAUUCCGCCAUACUCACAAAAACCAACAGAAUAUCUAGAAUCUUCAGAGCAGGUAAAAGGACUUCAAAACGACCUCGAUUCAUCAGUCCACGAUCUCAGCUAUUUAUCUGUGGGGCGUUUGUAGCGUUUCAGAAUGCCGUAGGAAUUGUGUGGCUGUUACUUCGUCCGCCCCGGGCUGUACCGUAUCAUGCAGACCGUGACGACCAUCAGCUUGUGUGUAAUGAUGCGGUUGGAGCCUGGUAUAUGGUUGGCUUCACUUACCCGAUUGUUCUCGUGAUUAUUUGUACAUUCUAUGCUAUUUUGACGAGAAAUAUUCCAGAAGCAUUCAAUGAAUCAAAGUAUAUUGGAUUUACAAUGUACACAACUUGUAUUAUAUGGUUAGCAUUUGUGUCAAUCUAUUUCAGUACUGAACAUAAUAUUCACAUUAGAAUAGCAACUAUGUCGUUUUCCAUAAGCUUAAGUGCCACGGUAGGACUGAUUUGUAUGUUUGCCACAAAACUUUAUAUUAUAAUUCUUCAUCCGGAAAGAAAUGUCCGACAGAGCCUGUUAGCAGCAAAGCCCGUUAUGCCAUCUCCAAAGCUAAACAAUUGCUACUCCAGUAUACCUUCUAGUUACCAUUCUAAUGGACGACAGGACACCGCUCAAUCUGUCCAGUCCGAUUAUGGAGAUAUGGAAAUGAUGAAUAGACUGCGGCCCUCCUCCUCUUUUAGUAGUACCAUCAGUCGCUCUACGUGCGCCACCCAGACGCUAGCUAACGGUACCAGCAUCAGCACUCAGACUUUGGAAGCCAUCUCAAGAGGAGCAGACGAUGUACAACUUUAACAUCACGUGACAACUUCUUUCUUCAAUUAAGACUAAACCCAAAAAUUUACAUGUAUGUGUAAAACAAAUCUGAAGCUACAUAUGUGCUUAAGAAAUUGCUUCCUGUUUUGUAUUUUAAUAUCCAUCUAUUCAAUAAUUGUUUUAAAAUCUUUGCUCUAAAUCUGUAUGCCGUGGGUAAAGGGUAGUAAAUACACCGAUGUUCCGAUUCACGCUGCAGCUACGAUUUCUGGAUUUCAUAUCAGAUUUACAUUUUUGUAAGGUUCUGAACUUCUUCACUUGGGACCAUGUCAUCCUCACAGCGUCAUAUUGAUUCUGAAUCCACUCGUGGGAGCAAAGGACACGAUUCAGGUGCAUGUGUGAGGAUGGGAACAUAUAUAUUAAAAUCUGUUUGUACCUUAUUUGUGGCAUGGAAUGGCAUUUUAUGCAACAUGUGUACGAAUAAAUGUAACUCUAUUA